UUUCUCUCUCUCCGUUUCCUUCUCUCUCUAAAAAUGGUUUCUGUAUUUGUAUAACUUCCGAACUGCCGGCGAGUCUCUCGGUCGUACUCCUUUUCACCCUCUCCACUCUUCUCUUCCAACUGAUUCCUCUAUUCCUACUAUAAACCCCUGAUGAUUUGAUUUAGUUUUUUUCGAUUUGAAUUGGUUGAAUUAGUUGUAUGGCGUCGUCGAAGGUGAUGGCAUCAUCAUCGCCGGCGAAUCAGGAUCUACAACGUCAUCAAGCCUUCGGUCUCACCGAUCACAACAGCAAUUUAAUUUCAAUGAAUAUGGACGAUCUCCUUAAGAACAUUUACGAGGAUUCGCGUCAGGCGCCGGGGAGUUUUCCCGCCGGUGCUGGUGGUGGAAAGACGAUGGAUGAAAGGUUAAAGGAGAUCGUGGAUGGAAGUGUCGGUGAUCCAGAGAUGACUCUAGAGGAUUUUCUGACGAAGGCCGGAGCUGUUAGGGAGGAGGAUGUAGUGAAAUUGCCGCCGGUAUCUGCCUCGGCGGUCAUUUCGGAAUAUUCUGGAGUUGUUGAUCCGAUUAUAUGUGGCGGUGCCGGUGCCGGUGCCGGAGCUGGGGCUUCGUUUCAAGUCAUGCCUCAGCAACACAUGCAAUUUGGGAGUGCGAUUGGUACAAGUGCGGGAACAAGCGGGAGAGGUAAGAGGAAGGUUGUGGUGGAAGAUCCGCCGGUUGACAAGGCAACGCAGCAGAAACAGAGAAGGAUGAUCAAGAACAGAGAAUCGGCUGCAAGGUCCAGGGAGCGAAAGCAGGCUUACACAGUCGAAUUAGAAGCUCUGGUAACUCAAUUGGAAGAAGAACAUGCCAAAUUGUUAAAAGAAGUGGAUGAACUGAACAAGGAGAGGCUUAAACAGCUAAUGCAGAAUCUGGUGCCGGUUUUGGAGAAGAGAAGGCCACCAAGAGUACUUCGAAGAACUAAUUCGAUGUGAAAUUACGGUUUAUUUGUUAAUUUAAAGUUUAAAAUUAAAAUGAAAAACGUAGGGUUUGUUCUUGUUCUCUUGGUUCGCCCAUUUGUAAAGAGUGGUGGAAAAAGACGAGUAAAAAAGGUUGUGACCAAGUUAUCUUUUGUGCAUACUUGUUAGGGGCCAAAAAGCUGAUAUACCCUCCCUCGACUAAUUCAUAUGUAUUUUCACUACUAAUACUUAAUGUUUAAUUUUCAUAUCCACUAAACUUAGAAAUCUUGUUUUUUAUUUCAUAUCUUUGUACAAGGGAGUAAAUCGUCUUUUAAGUUUUCAACCAAAUGAACUG